AUGCGCGAAAGUGCGCCCAAGUUCAUGCUGCAACCGGUUGCUGCGCCCGCUCCAAGAUACGCCAUCGGCCGCCAACGGGAAGUCCGACAAGAUGUGCUUGCUCGGAGAGCCGUGCCGUGGCUUCGCGAAGAGCUUGACGACAGACGCCUGGAUCCUCGCAAAGGUCACAAAAGUAAGAAGGGGAAGGGUCGAGGAAGAUCUGCUGAGGCCAUCUUGAAGGCGCUUUUUGACUUGGGACCACAUCCUCCACAAGCCGCGGUUUUCAGCGCUUGUUGGCCUGGUCUGGCCUCCUGGGAACGGAAUCCGAGGGCAGCCACUGCGGUUUUAGCAGGACUUGGCAAGCGCGGUCUUUGGGAUGUGGCUUUGAAGGUCACUCGCUUCAUGCAGCAUCACAGCCUGGACAUCAACUGCUUCCACUAUACCAGCGUCAUCAGUGCAUGUGAGCGGCGAGGCAAGUGGGAGAUCGCAUUGACGCUUCUAAGCAGCAUGAAGGAAGAGGAAGUUCUCCCAAGCGAGGUGACGUACAACGCCGCCAUAAGUGCUUGUGCCAAAGGGGGCGAGUGGUCCGUAGCACUCCAGCUUUUGAAGGAAAUGAGCCUGGAUGAUGUGAUGCCGGAUUGCGUCUCGUACAAUGCCGCUUCCAGUGCAUGUGCAUCAGCUGGCCUUUGGAAUUCGUCUUUGCAUCUGCUGCAAGAAAUGUGCACGUCCACAGUGCCACCGAGUGUGGUUACGUUUAGCACUCUUCUCAGUGCAUGCGAGAAAGGCAAACAGUGGCAGAUGGCUAUCAACACCCUUUUUCAUCCGCCAGUGCCGGCAUUAAUGCCAGAUAAGAUCUGCUUCACUACGGUGAUCAGUGCGUGUGAGAAGGCCAGAGAAUGGGAGACAGCACUCUUGUGCUUUCGACACAUGGACACCCGAGACCUGCAGAAAGAUGAUAUAUGCUUUCACAGUGUCAUCAGCUCUUGCAUACGUGCUCGCGCAUGGAGCCAAGCAUUGAGCCUUGCUUUAGAGAUGGAAGCGCUGCCCCUGGAAGUGAAUGGGAUCUUGUGGGGGGGUGUGGCCACGGCCAUGCAGCAAAGCGGUCAGCCGAUCGCGCAACUAUCUAGUCGGCUACGGAGGAAGUGGGCACGGCAACAGAGCUCACGGAGCUCAGGCUUACUACCAGUAGCCCUCUCGGGAAUCGGAGAGUCCCGAGAGCACGAGGUACAUGUGCUCGAUCAGGCUGAGGGGCUGCUGGCUGCUUUCAAGCCCACGGGGCUGAGCACCGAGGCGGCCCUACAAAGGCUGUUGCAUCUUCUCACCAAAGAGGGCUACACUGGCCAUCUCUCGCGCGCUUCACGACUUGACGGUGCCACCUCAGGGGUCAUCCCAGUGGCUUUGGGUGAGUCUGACUCACCUGCCUCGAACUGGUUGAACUACCAAUUUGCUGCGCGCAUGGUAUCGAAGGAAUACGUUUGCCUUUGCUCGGGUCUACCAUUCGGUGCAAGAGGCACGCGAGGGGCGGUUACCGCCAGCCUCGUGACGGAGAAGUCACGAGGAGUGGCACAGUUGAAAGUUGUGUGGGCGAGUCAUGGCAAGGAGGCUCGAACGGAGUACGAGCUCAUGGAUUCCUUUGUUUUGCCCGAAGACAUCGAUGCUGCCCAUCCUGGCUCUGUUCUCUCGCUUCUGCGCGUCAAGCCCCUCACAGGUCGGACGCACCAGAUCAGGACACACCUGGCCGGCAUCGGCAGACCCAUUCUUGGUGAUCGCACCUAUGGCGGGCUUGCGGUGAGAUGGUGCGCGCGUUUGUUCCUGCACUGUCGACGAAUUUCCGUUCGGGACCUUGCAAACAAGCUCUUCCAACCCGUGGCGCCGCUGCCGCGCCAAUUAGAAUCAAUCCUCGAGGAUUUGCGGUCUCGCACUGUCGGGCUCGGGAGCAACCUUCCCGAAUUCGAUCACCGCUUCCUGGGCCGCAUCAUGGUCAGCAUUCCACCGUUGGAUGUGGAAGCGGUCCAACAGAACUACCCCAUCCAGGUUAGCAAGCUUUGUGACGGGCCCCGACCGAAGCUCCUGUCCGUGGGCAUGCAGUGGGCGUGUGGCAUGGGCAACUCCGCCUGCUGCACCGGUGCCGAGGCAAGCGCCGACCAUGAGCAGAAAGAGCUCACCCGCAAGGAGGCAGUCCCUGGUGCCCCUGAUCUUCCAGGCCCGGAUGUGAGCGCACCGAUGGCCGCUCAGGCGUCACCCGGUGAGUAUGUCAUCCAGUUGGACAGGAAAGCAGGUGGCCGCUUAGGCAUCGACGUUGACCACAAGGAUGGUGAGACGCUUCUCAUUGAAGUUAUCAACGAGGGCCUCGUCAUGGAACUGAGCUUAGCUCCGGCUCUGCGUUACUUGAGUUGA